AUGGUCAAAUUUAUUGAGUCAGUGAAGUCAGCUCUUAGCAAGCGUGUUCAGAAGGAGCAUCCGCCGAAAGCACCAACGUCUAGAGAUGCUGGCGUAUUAUCAUUAUUCAACCCCCCUAGAGAAUCGGCGAAAAGUGGCAACAUUCUUCCUGAGACGAGUCUCAACUCCGAUAGCCGCGAUGCGAGGGGUUCCAGCGACAAAAUCGAAAGAUAUGGCCUACAACAGACCGCUCCGCCCUUAUUAGCGGGUGCGGCCUCUUCUAUACCGACAAGAACGCAAAAAUUAUCAGAAAGCUCUAACAUGACCAGUGAGGUGAAUUUUGAUAAUACGCAAGACGUGCCCAGAGAUAAACCCACACCGAUUUCGACGGCAUCCUUGGGUUUAGAUGUACAUGUUCCGUUGCUUUGGAAUGCCGCAUAUAACAGUAUCUCGGCGAAGAACCAGGACUUACUAUCUUGGUACGAGCAGGCCGUAUUUGGUUACACCACGAACGGCGGCCACCUCAUCUCUCAUCAGCCUUCAGGUGUAGCCUCCAAUGGCCAUUUAGCUACCCAGACCGAUCACCAUGAAAUCCAGACGCUAAUGGAUAACUGCCUCCAUGUCUUCCUAAAGAAGGCGUGCCAAAGCGUUGGAAGUGGUGUCGAACGUGGUGAAGAGACCGAAGAUAGCCCUGGUCAGGAUAUGAACGGCAGUGGGGUUGGGGUUGGCGAGUAUGAGACCGGCCAUCUCAGAGACAAGCUCGCAGCAGCAGUGCGAAAAUCACAGUAUGCUUCCCUCGCAUGGGUGGCUUCUUGCCUUAACCUAGAAAGCCUACUACAUCCAAGCAUUCUACCCCAACCUGGUCGUUCGGGAGCCGUCGCUAUCCUUACGAAAAUGGAGUGGUAUAUAGAUUUACCAAAAUUCCUGCUCCAACGGGACAACGUGGAAGAGCUGUCAAUUAAGCACCAGCCUCUAGCACAGUCUCUAGUCCAUCUUUACGAAGUAAUUCUCUCUUACCAGAUGGGCAUUGUGUGUCAUCAAUGGACAUCCAGUGCAUCGAUCAUUGAAAUCGACUUCAAGAAGUAUGAGGACGAGAUUCGAAUAAGAGAAGAAGCUCUGAUGUGCUUCAACGGGCAAGAGUUCAAAACAUUGUUCACCCAAACCGUUGUCGAUAAUACCGCACGAUCAACCAAGGAUAUAUUGGUGGCCCUAGAUGAGAGGUCUGAGACUCGAUCGAUUCCUGAUUCCACACGGUCUAUUGAAUCUCAUAUAGGUCGGAUAGGUGUGGUCGAGCAACCAAACGUGAACAUACAGCCUGGAAAGAGCUCGGAAUCUGAUAUCUUGUACAGAUGGGUAUGUGGCACGAAGCAGUACCAGACAUUCAUUGCCCCCGAUGCCACAUCCAAUGAGCGUGUUCUAUGGUUAAAAAGUGACCAUGGUGCUGGCAAGACGAGGCUUCUGAGGGCAAUUCAACAUGGACUGAUUGAGGAUGAGAGGUCGGGUAAGACAACCAAGAUGGCCUAUUUUUCCUAUGAUAGCAGCAUAUCGUGGCAAGAAAACGCUUCAUCCGCCGUGAGAACCCUAAUCGAUCAAAUCAUUGAGAAACAGAGUCUUCUCAAGCACCAUCUAACCUCAAAGUAUACCACGACUGGUAGAAAGGCUUUCAAAGACCCAAACGACUUCUACGCCAUGACAAAUGUCAUGUAUUCAAUGUUAAACGACGCAUUAUUCCAACCAACCUACCUUGUUGUGAACGGAGUUGAACAGCUGCUCGCUAUUGAAGACAUAGGUUCGGACACUCGAAUUGAUAAUCCAGAUGGAACAGAUUCCCAGCAGGCUGUCGAAGGACCUAGAUCUGAUGACUUUCUAACUUUGAUCUUUACCACGGUGCAAGUCUCAAACAAGAUACGGUGGCUAGUAUCUCAUAGCAGUGAGAGAUCUAGCAUACAACCUAGACUCGCAGGAGCCAAUAUGCGACUUCACCUCACAGCUGGCCCAGAAGUGGAUGAAAUUCGCAAAGCUAUAUCUAACUAUGUAGCUGCGAAGGUUGCAGAGAUUGCAGAUGAGGCAUCUUUCACGGGGAAUCUUCGUGAAAUCCUAACUGCGAAGGCACAGGCGGCUCCAAAGAAUUUUCUGUGGUUAUCUAUAGCGCUCAACACCGUGAAAAUGUCACGCACCCCUUGGAAUGCCCCUGAGAUCAUGGAAGAAUUAACGAAACAAACAUCGACCGUUGUUUCCAUGUUUGAAAACAGACUGAACAAGAUGAGUAAACGUAAGUGGCAUGAUUGGGACUAUUGCAGGGAUGCCCUAUACACUACUGCCCUAGCGUAUCGUCCACUACUAGACACGGAACUCAGGGCCAUUAUCGACUUACCUCUAGAGGUAGACCUCCAAAGACUCGUUAACCAACUCCUGAUGCCGUUUCUUUGGAUACAAGAAGAUAAGGUGUCCAAUGGUCGAAAGCUCCGCUUUGCCUCCCUGGCUGCCCGAGAUUCCAUCCUACAGGAGCUUAAUAAACAGGCUUGCAAAGGGGAGAUUUCAAGAUUGACAAAACGAUGUCUUUCAGUCCUGCUUGGAAAUUUCACCUCCAGAGAGCAUAAUACCAAACCGGUCAAUGGUUCUGUUGAUCCCAGACACCCAGUAGAUUAUGUGACUACAUUCUGGAUGAGGCAUUUGUCUGAGAAGAACGAUGAUACGGAUGCUAUAGAUAUGGCUACUCGCGUCCUGCAAGACUAUCUCGUGGCGUGGGUGGAAGUACUCGAAUCCCGAAAUCUCCAAGAAGAGGCAACGGUAAUGAUAGCCAAACUUGAUUCGGCGCUGACAACCAAGUCUCGGAGGUUAGGCGUUACAAACAUAGGGGACAUCAACUUUCAUCGACUGGUUAUGGAAGCUGGCAGGUUUUUGACAACACACCAACGGUGGAAGGCGACCUCGGACGUUUCCGGCAGAAAUGGCGAUGAUAUUAUCAGACCUAAAAACAGCCUCCUCUUCUCCCCUAUCGAUGAUUCAAUCGCCAUGAGGCUGCUGCCAAGGUUCUACCCCUGGCUGAAAGCCAGGCCCGUCAUUGGAUCAGGUGUUGCUACCUCUAGCGACAACUCCAUCAUGUCCCAUCCGGACUAUGUGCGAGCUUGCGCCUUCUCACCUACCGGGAGUCUAGUCGCGUCAGCAUGCGAUGACCGGCGCGUUCGGCUUUGGGACGUUGAAACUGGCAACCUGCAGAGUGUGUUGGAGGGGUUUGGUGGCUACGUUUACUCUGUAGUCAUCUCACACUCAGGACCCGACGGUCACGCUCUCUUAGCUAGUUCUGAUGCCAGAACCAUUAGAAUCUGGGACCUUUGCACGGGAAUGGAUCGAACAGUUUUAGACCAUCAUAACAAGCCCCAUGAUGUACAGAAUGGGGAUGUAAACGAGGGUGAAGAUGGUAGGAAGGAUCCGGUAUCCGAUAACUGCGAGGAGAUUGGAGCUCACAGCGAAAACAAAGAAACACAACCAGACUUCACGGUCAUGAGCAUUUCUAUUACGCGCGACGGGCGUAGGCUGGCUGCUGCCACCGGGGAUGGGCUGAUCGUAUGGGAUAUCUCUAGCCAUAAGGGGAGUAUCUGGCAUGACGACACAGGGUCAAAGAACGUACGACGCGUGGCUUUCUCACAAAAUGGAGACCUGCUCGCUUCAACAGCUCGCUCAGAAAUUACCAUAUGGGAUGCAGUAAAAGGCACCGUCAAACACAGACUUCCGGGACGUGGACAAACACGGCUAGGCGAAGUAUCGGAAGGAGAGAGUACGAAAGUGAAUGCAGAAGAAGCAAAACUAAAUGGGCACUCUGAAGACAUAGAUGGGCUUGAUUUUUCGCCGGAUGGGAAAUUCCUUGCGUCGGGUUCACAUGAUUCUACUGCACGGAUUUGGAACGUUGAAGAUGGCACAUCGCUAGCAGUUCUACAUCACAAAAGCUGGGUCAACAGCGUGAGCUUUUCCGCUGAUGGCGUUUCCUUAGCUACGGGCUCAUCAGAUAAAACUAUUGGAAUCUGGAUACGAGACCCUCGUUACGGUUGGGCAGUAACGAAGCUCCAACAGUUUCUCGGGGACGGCUCGGUAAUCCUAUCAGUCGUGUUUGCUCCCACGGGGAUGUUGCUAGCAUCAGCAGCAACCUCUGGCGACUUACGAAUCUGGGACACGCAAGCAGCCAAAACAAAAAUAGAGGUAGGCAAGGCUGCGCAUUCGGAACAGAGCAACAGGUUGCUGGUCGCAGGACACACGCAGCGUGUGAAAUACGUGGAAAUUUCCCCUUGUGGCACAAAAAUCGCUUCAGCGAGCAAUGACUAUGUUCUAUGUCUCUGGGAUGCAUUAGCGUUCUCACCCGAUGGUACGCAGCUAAUAUCAGCAUCGGCUUCGUCGGCCAAUAACGCCUUCAUCUGGAGCAUUGGAGAUACGUGUGCCAGAAAAAUUCACUCCCUCCACGGACAUCAAGACUGGGUCCGAGCAGUGGCCUUUUCACCAAACGGGAAGUUGGUAGCAACAGGAUCCGACGAUAGGUCAGUGAUACUCUGGGAUAUUUCAAAGAGUUCAGGUGGCAUUCAAUUCAGGAAAUUCAAUAAGCAUACCGAUUGGGUCUUCAGCGUGGCAUUUUCGCCUGACGGGCAUCGUCUAGCCUCGGCUGGCGACGAUGGCCACGUUAUGAUAUGGGAUUUGGACAAAAAUGACCCUAACCCUGAACCCGACAAGGAUCUCAAGGACGAUCGAUUGAGCCGACGUACUCUUGGACUAGUCUUCUCUCCAGAUGGCGCAUCUGUGUUGUCAAUAAAUAGCAGUGGGGAUCUAGCAGUCUGGAAGCCCGAUACGUCAGAAACGAAGGCUUGCAUCCUGGAGGUAGACGCAAGCGGAUUUACGUCGAUACGGAUUAAUAAAGACGAUCCGGAUGUGCUGUUGAGCGAGCUUGGCGCGUGCAAAUUCAGGAUCGGUGAGGCACUGAGAGGGCGUGUCAACGAAAAAUCACAACCGCCAUCUCACAGUAUGCCGCCUCCUUGGGCUCCGGUGGCCAUCAAGGACCGCAAGCGAAUCAUGUGGAACAACCGUCAGGUGAUCCUUCUGCCAGUAGAGUUCCGGCCAACAUCCUGCCGAGUGCAGGGUCACAGUGUCGUCAUCGGCUGUGAAUCCGGACAGGUGCUGCUUUUUAGAUUCUCUGAAAAGAUUGAUCCGGAUACGAUAUCGAAAUGAAUAGAUGGUAAAUAGGGGUAAAGGGUGAGUCUAAUCUGAAUGUUGUGACUAAAGAAUAAGUACGUUUUGCCUUGGGUAGUUGAAUAUA